AGCUGGUUCGCGCGGCAUGUGUUGGAGCAUGAGCUGAGGCACAUGGGCCUGCUGGGACUGAAUAGACCCUCCUUCACCUGCCCAUCCACUUCCCCCUCCCUUCCCCACUUGGCCCUCCCUUCCCCACUUGGCCCUCCUCUGAUUUCUCCUUCUCAGAGCUGGUUCGCGCGGCACGUGCAGGAGGACGAGCUGAGGAACAUGGGGCUGCAGGAGCUGGUUCGCCCGGCAUGUGCAGGAGGACGAGCUGAGGCACAUGGGGCUGCAGGCUGGUUCGCCCGGCACGUGUUGGAGGAUGAGCUGAGGCAGAUGGGCUUGCUGGGGAAGGACGAGAGAGUGGCAGAACACAGCGACUUUGAUGCCAAGUACAAGAUCAGUGAGUGGAGGGGGAUUGGAGAGUGGCAUAUGGGGCUGCUGGGGAAGGAUAAGAGGGUGGCAGAGCUCAGCGACUUUGAUGCCAAGUACAAGAUCAUGUGGGCGGACCAUGGGGACGACAUCAGCACUCAGUACACGGGCACGCCAGCACUCAAGGGAGACUAUGUGCGGUACGGCAAGCGCAGCCCGGACGGAUUCCUCCAGGAUGGGGUGAGCUCUGUGAUGCGAUACUUCUUCAACAACUACACUGAUGGCGUGCGACAGGACGGCUUGGAUCUGGUGAUGGGCAACUACACAGUGCAGCAGAGUGCUCCAUCUCCAUUCACACGCACUGGCAUCGAGAGAUACACUAACCUGAGGGUAGCUCUUGUGGUGCUCGUGGCCUCCACUUACCUCUUCCUGCGGAACGUCAUCCCCUCCUCCUCCUCCUCCCCUCUAUCGCCAGUCAUCGCAGCCACCUCGGUUAUGAUCGCUGGCUCAAUUGCCGUCCUUUCCCCCUCCCAACCCUCCAUCCCCACUUUCCCCCUCCCCUCCCUCUCCUGCAGCCUCCUCCUCCUCCCUCCUCUCGCCAGUCAUCGCAGCCACCUCAGCUCCUCCUCCUCCUCCUCCCCUCUGUCGCCAGUCAUCGCAGCCACCUCAGCUGUGAUCGCCCGCUCAUGCUUUGUCUCUCUCCUCCCCCAACUCCCCCCUAUCCCCUCCCCCUCCUUCUUUGCAGCCUCCUCCUCCUCCCCCCUGUCGCCAGUCAUCGCAGCCACCUCAGCUGUGGUCGCUGGCUCGGUGCUUUUCGCCUUGAAGAAGUUCGGCCGCCUCUUCUGCGACCGUCCCCGCUUCUGCUCCCUGCGAUGA